AUGAAAAUGGUCAAGAACGCCGCAAAGUACGUAUCCGAAAGUGUCAAGGGUAGUACUAGCGAGACCGCUAAAGAGGCCAACAAGAAUAUCGCCAAGGACUCUGACGCAUGCAUCGGCACCCGGGCGACCGCAGCAAAAGAUGUCGCCAUCGACAAGAAGGACGAGUUUGUGCAAGAAGUGAAGGCGGACACUCAUAAUGAGGCUGCUAAGCACCAGGUUUUCCAUUUCACGGACGGACCGAAAACGUACGAGGGAUAUACAAGCACGAACAUUGUCAAUAUUAUUUAA